GUUGGAACACGUUAAGACGUUAAUUCAGUUACUAAGCGAAUCAGUGAAAAGUUUUAUUUUAACAAUUUUUAUUUUUUGUUAAUUAUAAUACACAGACAAAUAGUCUACGAUAAAUUUUUUUGCUGAUUAUUAUUAAACGAGUCGAUCAAAAUGUCAUUAGUGAAUAAACAAUACAACUCACCGAUUAAAUUGUAUUCGCCGCAAAAUGUACAAGCCGUACUCGAUCGUGAAAAACAAGUAUUGAAUAAUGGCGCUGUGGGAAUCGACUUUCAUCAUUUAGCAAAACCAGCGAACUUAGCAAAUUCAGCUGUAUUACGUAUGCUCGAAGAGGAAGAACGUUCUGGUGGUAAAAAAUUGAAACGUGUUGCUUGGCCUCCUCCACCUGAAACCGAUAAUUACACGAACGAAGAAGAACAACAGCCUGUUUACGCCAAGACAACACCACAAUAUCAAGCAACGCCCAUUUCGCCACCACAGCAAUACAAUAGUCCUUCACCACAAUUAAAAUUAAAUCUACAACAACCACAAAAUAACACGUCAUCAAAAGGUUGGUCCCACGUACCAUCACCAGUGGCUACAUCACCACAACCAAGUUUUCAAUCACCACAACCAUUUCAAGCACCGGUACAACCACAAUAUCAAUCACCCCCACCACAAUUUUAUCAACCUGCCCCACAUUCUGGUUUACUAACUCUACGAAAAGAGCCUCCAAUACAUCAAGCUCCAUCACCAGUUUUUAUAUCACAACCAGCGACCACGAAUUUCCAAGGAGGAAGCAAUAUGCGUGGUGAUCAAAAAUGGCCGCCAGCAAGUGUGAAAGCACAAGCUGAAGCAGAAAAUAGAGCUCGAAUAGAGUUAGCAAAAGGACCUGCAAUGAGACCCCGUCGGAUUAAUAAAGAUUAUUCAGGAUUCUUUGCUCAACAUGCCCUUAAUAGCACAUAUCCUGGUUACAAAGCACCACCAGGCACACAACAUUAUUAUGAAGAACCCCAAUACCCUGGACAAUCGAAUCUUUAACACAUAAAUAAUCCAUGUAACUUUCAAAAUAACAUGAAAAUAUUUUAAAUUUUAGUUACAUGUCAAUUCUUAAUAUCUAAAGCUAUUUUAUUUAAGUGUGAUAAUAAAAUUGCUUGAAUUGCAGAAAUAUUUAGCUUGCUCGGUAGCUAUGUAUAAGUUAAUAUAAAAAUAAAUCUUACGCUUACAAAAAUACAUUCAGAUGGAAUAUUUAUGCUUUAUAAUUCUGCAAUGUCUUUCUAUUACUUUCUAUUUGUAUAUAUUUUAUAUUUCGGGUGUUAAAUAAUAAUGCCUUGUCGUCCUUUGUCCCUCACAUAAAACUAUGCACGAAACGACUAUUUACGAAUUUUUAAAAUGAAUCAUUAUUUCUACUCUUGCAAAAAUAUUAUUA